CUCACAAAUCCAUGCCAUGAACAAGUCACGUUACGUGAUUCCUUUGAGUUCCUAGCUCCUCACCAACACCAUCCUCAUAUUUGAUUCGAUUGGAUCGGAUCGAUGUCCAGAAAUCUAGCUACGAACAGACCAAAUGAAGGAGAACAACUCGAACGCUGUGGCAGAUGCAGUGGACUACAAAGGAUUGCCUGCGGACAAAUCGAGGACUGGUGGAUGGGUGCCUGCAGCUCUUAUUCUAGGAAUUGAGGUGUGCGAGAGGCUGUCGACGAUGGGGAUAGCGGUGAACUUGGUGACGUACUUGGGAGGGACGAUGCAUGUGGCGAGUGCAGAGGCGGCGAAUAUGGUGACGGAUUUCAUGGGCACGUCGUUUCUGCUCUCCUUGUUGGGGGGAUUCCUCGCGGAUUCCUUCCUGGGCAGAUUCCUCACCAUUGCCAUCUUUGCCCUCCUCCAAUCACUGGGAACAGGAAUGCUCACAGUGACGACGAAGCUGCCGCAGCUCCGACCGCCGCCAUGCGGCUCCGCCGCCGCCGGGCAGGUUUCCUGCGAGAGAGCCAACGGGCUCCAGAUGGGCCUCCUCUACCUGAGCCUCUACAUCAUCGCCCUCGGCACCGGCGGGCUCAAGUCCAGCGUCUCCGGAUUCGGCACCGAUCAGUUCGACGACAAGGACCCGAGGGAGAAGAGCCAAAUGGCCUUCUUCUUCAACCGCUUCUUCUUCUUCAUCAGCAUCGGCACCCUCUUCGCCGUCACCGUCCUCGUCUACAUCCAGGACAACGUCAGCCGGAGCUGGGCCUACGGCAUCUGCUGCAUCGCCAUGCUCCUCGCCGUCCUCGUCUUCCUCUCCGGCACCAGGAGGUACCGGUACAAGCAGAGCUCCGGCAGCCCGAUCGUCCACAUUCUCCAGGUCAUCGUCGCCGCCGUCAGGAAGAGGAAGCUCGCGUUGCCGUCGGAUGCGCAAUUCAUGUUCGAUAACUUCCCGGAGAACUCCAAAAUCCAGCACACUGAUCAAUUCCGUUUUCUAGAUAAAGCUGCAAUAAUUGUUGACGGAGAGAGCAAGUGCGCCGACGACGACCCCUGGAAAUUGUGCCCGGUGACAAGGAUCGAGGAGGUGAAGAUGAUGAUCCGGCUGCUUCCUAUCUGGGCCACGACCAUCAUGUUCUGGACAAUUUACGCGCAGAUGAUCACGUUCUCGGUGGAGCAGGCGACGACGAUGCAGAGGUCGAUAGGGAGCUUCCAGAUUCCGGCUGGGUCACUGACGGUCUUCUUCGUCGGCGCGAUACUGAUCACCCUCGCCGUCUACGACCGCGUGAUCAUGCCUUUAAUGAAGAAACAAUUGGGCAAACAGGGAUUCACGAACCUUCAAAGAAUCGGCAUCGGCCUGGCCUUGUCGUCAAUCGGCAUGGUGGCGGCCGCGCUCGCGGAGAUGAAACGGCUCUCGGUGGCCAAGGAAACAGUACUGCUCCACGGCGGCGCGACGGUGCCGAUAAGCGUGUUCUUCCUGAUACCGCAGUUCUUGCUGGUGGGCGCCGGCGAGGCCUUCAUCUACACCGGACAGCUCGAUUUCUUCAUCAGGGAGUCGCCGAAGGGGAUGAAGACGAUGAGCACGGGGCUGUUCCUGACGACGCUCUCGCUGGGGUUCUUCCUGAGUACCUUCCUGGUCUCGGUAGUCAAGAGCAUGACCGGCGGCGGAGAGGGAGGGCGACAAGGGUGGCUCGGCGACGAUAUCAACCACGGGAGGCUGGACUGCUUCUACGGGUUUUUGGCGGUGCUGAGCGCUCUUAAUUUGGCGGCUUUUGUUGUCUGCGCCGCUUGGACUAAGCCGCAGAGUUCCAAGGGAGAGGAGAAAUUGUCGGAAAUCGAUCCUUAACCGCGUAGUAAACGCGAUCUUGCUACUCUCUUUGGAAGUAAAAAAAAAAAAAAAAUGUUGCUAUUCUCU